ACUAAACAAAUGGACUUUAACUGUCAGCCUCGAUAACACCUGGCCUGUAAAAUCAGUCUGCAAGGAAAAAGGCGUAAAAGAAGAAAGUCAGGGAGCAAAAGAAAGAUUAAAUAAAUUCAGAAAGCCACUGGAGAGAGGAAGCAGUAAGAGAGGCCACAAAAAGGAAGGAAGAAGUUUGUAACAGUGCAUGAGAGAGUGAGAGAGGGAGGGACAUACGACAGGCUUAUAUACACUGUCAGGACAACCUGCUCUUCAAAGCACCGAAAAACUGUUUACAUUUCGAGAGAAAGGAAAAGCAAAGAGGGCAGAGGAACAUUUGAAAAAGGAAGAUGGUCCGGUGGUUCCACAGAGAUCUGUCUGGAAUAGACGCAGAGACCGUUUUGAAGAGCCGAGGUGUCCAUGGCAGCUUCCUGGCCCGACCCAGCAAGAAGAAUGUGGGCGAUUUCUCCCUGUCUGUUAGAGUGGGAGACAUAAUCACACACAUUAGGAUUCAGAACACGGGUGAUUAUUAUGACCUGUACGGCGGGGAGAAGUUUGCGACGUUGGCUGAGUUGGUGGAAUACUACACUGGAGAUCAUGGAACUCUACAGGAUAAAGAUGGGACCGUUAUUGAGCUCAAAUACCCAUUAAACUGUUCUGAUCCCACCACUGAGAGGUGGUACCAUGGCCACUUGUCAGGUCCAAGUGCUGAGAAGCUGCUCCGAGAGCGUGAUGAGCCCGGGACGUUCCUGGUGAGGGAGUCGCUCUCCAAACCAGGAGACUUUGUUCUGUCUGUGCUGACAGAUGAUAUGACCAGUUCUGGUAGGAGGGUCUCCCAUAUCAAGGUCAUGUGCAAUAAUGACUGUUACACUGUUGGUGGUAAAGAUGUUUUUGACACUUUGACAGACCUUGUGGAGCAUUUCAAACGCACUGGUAUUGAGGAGUUGUCUGGGACAAUGGUUUACCUCAAACAGCCUUAUUACUCCACAAGGUUGAAUGCAGCUGAUAUUGAGAGCAGAGUAAAGCAGCUCGACCAGACCUCAGAUAACAUGGACGGGGCCGAUAAAAAGAUAAAAGCUGGGUUCUGGGAAGAGUUUGACGCGCUGCAGAAGUUGGAAACUAAGGUAUCGAAGAGCAGAGAUGAAGGAAUGAGACCAGAAAACAAAAGCAAAAACAGAUACAAGAACAUCCUUCCCUUUGAUCACACUAGGGUUACCCUGCAAAAUGCAGAUCCCAAUGUUGUCGGCUCUGAUUACAUCAAUGCCAACUACGUUGUAAACAAAUUAAUGGAUAUUAAUGAACAGAAAGUUUACAUUGCUUGUCAAGGCUGCCUCGCAACAACUGUAAACGAUUUCUGGCAAAUGGUAUGGCAAGAAGAGUCACGAGUAAUCGUCAUGACAACAAGGGAGGUUGAGAAAGGACGGAAUAAGUGUGUGCCAUACUGGCCUACUACUGAAGGAGAGUCAAAGGAAGCAGGCAGAUAUGUGGUGAAGUUACUGACUGAGAAGGAUGCCGCUGAUUACAAGGUCAGAGUGAUGGAGCUCACAGCACCACAACGGAAAGAGCCAGCUCGCACCAUUUGGCACUACCAAUAUUUGAGCUGGCCGGAUCACGGCGUGCCACAAGAGCCUGGUGGAGUGCUUAGCUUUCUGGAGCAGGUCAACGUCAAACAGGAAGAACUGUCUAGAACUGGACCUAUGAUCAUCCACUGCAGUGCUGGUAUUGGGCGAACAGGAACCAUUGUGGUAAUCGACAUGCUUAUAGAUAACAUUGAUGUUAAAGGUCUGGACUGUGACAUCGACAUCCAGAAGUGUAUUCAGAUGGUUAGAGAGCAGCGGUCCGGCAUGGUGCAAACCGAAGCACAGUACAAGUUCAUCUACUUGGCUGUGCUACAGUAUAUAGAUUCGAGGAAGGUCACACGAAGGGCUGUCAUGGAAACAGAAACCGAAUAUGGAAAUCUCUCAAUUCAGCCUAAACACCUGAAGGCCAGUCGCAAAGCCUCUGCAAAAAAAAAUGAAGACGUUUAUGAGAAUCUGGGAGCAAAGGGAAAGAAAGAUGUCAAAAAGCAGAAAUCGGAGGAUAAGAAGAGUGGAUCUGUCAGGAAACGAUAAAAAAUAGAAAAAAAGAAAGAAGAUGAAAUUAAAUUUUGCUUCAUGAUUGUACAGCUUAUUUUUAAACAUGUUUUCAGCGGUUUUAAAUAAAACUGAGCCAGGGUUUUACAGAGAUGCCAAACUAUUUGACAUUAUCAAACAAAUCUUGCUGUUUUUGUCUGUGUAUUUGUUAAUUUUUUUUCACAUUUAGUAAAAAUUUGUUAAGUCAAUUCACUAAGUUGUAAUUGAUAUAAAUCAUCCACUCGUUCUCAGUUUUAAUAAAAGUCAUGUCCAAAGACUGUCAUCCCAGCCAUUAUGUUUAUCUGCUGUAAUAAAAUGAAGGCAUGUUUGCAUAGUAUG